UUUACCUAAUCUUUUCUCUCUUUAUUAUACUUCUCUUUUUCUUUUGCUUUCUCUUGCUCUGCUUUUGCAUCUUUCUUGUUUUGAUCAUCUCAUACCAUACCUUGCAUAUUUUUACUGCUCAGGGAGUCAAUUUAAGUUAUCCUUCAUACUCAGAUCUCUAUUUUUAAGGUUUUGGAAGGGAAUUGGAGUUGGCUAUGGAGAACAACCAGCAAUCAUUUUGGCAUUUCAGUGAUCAACUUAGGAUCCAAAAUUCCAAUUUGGCUAAUCUUUCGCUUAACGAUUCCAUUUGGAGCAACAGUUAUGUCUCUAAAAGGCCUGAUGAAAGGAGGAAUUUUGAUAUCAGAGUUGGUGGUGAAGUUAAUUCUGUUAACAACUUGAAGCCCAAAGUCUCUGAUUUCAAUUCUUUCAACAAUGAUGGAUGGAAAAUUGGAGCCACCACCAACAACAUAGGGUUCGGUCCCAUCGCUCCGAAGAAUACUGGAAUCAACGGGGGUUUCAACAAAGGGGUUUAUUCGAAGCCGGCGAAUAACAAUAAUUUCAAUGUUAGUUUGAAGGGGAAUAAGAAUAGAGGAGAGGAUGAUCAUGGGAGCAAAAGCGGGAAGAAGAAUAGUAACAAGAAGAAGAACAAUAACAGCGACAAUAACAACAACGAAACUAAAGAUGGGGGGAGUGCUGCUGACAAGAGGUUCAAGACACUGCCACCGUCCGAGGCUUUGCCUAGGAACGAAACUGUUGGAGGCUACAUCUUUGUUUGCAACAACGAUACCAUGCAAGAGAAUCUCAAGAGACAGCUCUUUGGUUUGCCUCCACGUUACCGAGAUUCAGUCCGGGCCAUAACUCCGGGUCUGCCUCUUUUCCUCUACAACUACUCCACCCACCAGCUCCAUGGAAUAUUUGAGGCUGCAAGCUUUGGAGGAACAAACAUCGAUCCGACAGCUUGGGAGGACAAGAAAUGCCCUGGCGAGUCCCGCUUCCCUGCUCAGGUUCGGGUGUUAACAAGGAAAAUCUGUGAGCCACUUGAGGAGGACUCCUUUAGGCCAAUUCUCCACCACUACGAUGGUCCCAAGUUCCGCCUUGAACUCAACGUGCCGGAGGCACUCUCCCUAUUGGAUAUAUUUGCUGAACAAGAUCCUUAAGCAAACAUACUACAAAGGACAUACAAAUACACAAAGAUAAAGGAAGGGAAGAAUAAGUAGAGAGAAUAUAGAGAGCAUAUUUGGGAGUUUUAAGACGUUAUCUAUGGGGUGAACUGAAUGCAGGGAUCCAUAACCUGCGAGGUGUAAACCUUUUUGCUCACAGGAUUGCUAUGACUGCCCUUUAUUUGUUAUACAGUUUGUCUUAUACGUAAAUAAUAGUGUACUUAAAACUAAUGAUAAACUCCCAACUUAUUUA